AUGCAGCCAAGUACUUUUGAUUGCUCAACGGAAACUCAGAUUAAAACCUGGUUUCAAAACCGGCGUACCAAGUUGAAAAAGCAGCAAGACUCGCGGAACAAGCGCGAACAACGUCAACAGGCCCAGUUGAUUGAGUGGUUGUUCCAGCCACAACACUUGGGUAGCAUCCCGUUUGAUGGCCAGUUUCAGCCGGUGCAUCGUCUACCCGCCACACUCCCUGUCCAUCGAUCAUCACUGUCCCUUGCUCAAAGCGCACUUCACUCUACACUAAUGGCGUCAUCCUAUGGCCACAAUCUACUACCACCACCGCCAGCAGCAGCAGCAGCACCGUUGACGACUCAGCAGCGGCAGCAGCAACGUGCCUUGGAGAAAGAUCCUCGUAUUACCGCACACCCGUUGUACACCGGAUCGACUGUAUUCCCCACCUCGGUACGCUAUCCGACGUGCGGCCUGGUACCGUUGGUAACAUCCGGCAAGCAGGAACCAAGCGAAUGCGCGGCUAGCUGUUCGCCAGAAACGACGAAGGCGCCGGAUGAGAAGGUCCACACGCAUUGCUAG